AUGUAUCCAGGAAUGGAACAUUUUAACUCAAAUUUAAAAUGGAAAUUCGAUGAAACGCCAGGCGUAGACGACGAAUUGCAAAAUCUAGAACACAAUCUCGAUAGGAUAAGAAGUCUUAGCCACGAAAGAAACUUUAACGGUUACGGUGUGAAAGAAAAUGAUAAUUUGUUGGAAGUUGAAGUGAACGAUGUCGUCGAAGACGAUUCAGAUGAGACUAAAGACUACAACGGUAGUAGUGCUCGUGAAAGUUGUGAAGAUAAAAGUGAAUACGUUUCUACACAUAAGUUUUCUCGACAUUCGUCCCUGUCAAACAGAGAGCUGGAUGUGAUUAAAGAGAGCUCUAGGAGUUCGAGUGAUACAGAAGUGACGUUGACGCGAUGACUUCCGAAGGUGACAUUUGAUAAAUCAGUGAAUGUUGUUCAUUUAGAAUUAUCUCCUGAGCAAAGACAUCGUUGUGCGCAAAAGUGCAAAAGACACCCUUAGAUGUUUAUGCAAAUAAAAUAGUUAUGCAUUAGAUUUAAGUAUUAUGUGGACCACUAGAUUCGGGUCUAAUUUGUAAGGUAUUGUCAUAUGAACAGAUAACGUAAGACAGAAUGUGAAAAAAGUGAGAGAGGUGUGUUAAUAAUAUAGAAUAAAUAAUUUUUGUGCCCUCUAUCAUCCGUUUAGGGAGAUAGACGUUUUUGAUUGUGUAUUUUCUCAAUAAAUAAGCAAAUGACGUAAUGUACUGCGACGGUAGCUCUAUUCGUGUAUAGAAGAUUUUGUAUUUUUUGUAAUAGUUGUAUGAAUAUAUAAUGUGUACUGGGCCUUAUUUUAGCUGAAUUUGAUUUUUUCGAUAUCACUACUACUUAGAAAUAAAGUGGAAUUAUGUGUAUAAAGAUUUGAUAGGAUUGAAUCUACCUAUCUUUUUGUUAAGCUCUUUAAUUAAAUGUUUAUGAUUGUACCUAAUAGAAAAAAAACUAAUCAAUUCAGUACCUACCUAACUUGUGUAAAAUUUCUUUCCUACUUGUAUAAACUAUAAAAUAAGACUGUUUCAUGGAAACUUCUCUAAUGAU